GUCAAAGAUUUAAUGUCUCUUUAAGGAUUUAUGCAAUAAACUCAUCACUAUUAUCAGAAUGUAAUAUUACAGGAGGGUUACAUGUCAUAGAAAAAUUAAAUAAGCAAGCUGCAGCUUCUUUAGCUUUCUUAGAUUUAAG